AUUAAAAUAUGUUCAUCCAAUGGUUGUGUUAAAAUGACUGUGACUUCUGGAAAUUGGACCAAAGAGAAAGAAAAUGAACUCCCAAAGCCACUGUUUUGAGGGGGUGGGCUCCGAGCUAGAAGAGAUUCUAACUGACACCCACUCAUCCACCGUUAAGCGGGUCGGAUCAGCUACAUGGGUUGAACUGAAACUGCUGUUCAAGCUUGCAGCUCCUGCUGUGAUAGUUUACUUGCUCAACAAUGUGGUUUCAAUGUCCACUCAGAUCUUCUGUGGACAUCUUGGAAAUCUUCAGCUGGCUGCUGUCUCUCUCGGCAACACUGGUAUCCAAGUUUUCGCGUAUGGAGUUAUGCUUGGCAUGGGGAGUGCAGUUGAAACCCUAUGUGGGCAAGCAUAUGGGGCAAACAGAUUUGAAAUGUUGGGCAUAUAUCUUCAAAGAUCAAUAAUUUUACUCGUGGCAACUGGGAUCCCUCUCAUGUUGAUCUAUGUGUUUUGCAAGCCCAUUUUGCUUCUACUCGGUGAACCUAACAACAUUGCAUCUGCAGCUGAAAUUUUUGUGUUUGGGCUCAUCCCUCAAAUUUUCGCUUAUGCUGUUAACUUUCCUAUACAAAAAUUCCUUCAAGCACAAAGUAUAAUUGCUCCUAGUGCAUACAUAUCAUUGGCUGGAAGUGUAUUGCACAUUAUUUUCACUUGGCUUGCAGUGUACAAGUUCAACUGGGGCUUGCUAGGUGCAGCCUUGGUUUUGAGUUUCUCCUGGUGGUUCAUGGUUUUAGCUCAGUUUGUGUACAUUGUGACCAGCGAAAGAUGUAAACAAUCAUGGACUGGGUUUUCCUGGGAGGCUAUUUCUGGUCUUUGGAGCUUCUUCAAAUUGUCUGCUGCUUCUGCACUGAUGUUGUGCUUGGAAACUUGGUACUACGAGGUACUAGUCCUCAUUGCUGGGCUACUGCAAAACGCAGAGAUAGCACUGGAUUCUCUGUCUAUUUGUAUGACAGUAUCUUUAUGGGUAUUCAUGAUUUCUGUGGGAUUCAACGCCGCUGCGAGUGUGAGAGUAAGCAAUGAGCUUGGAGCAGGGCAUCCAAAAUCUGCAGCAUUUUCUGUUAUUAUAGUUACUUCAUCCUCUUUCGUGAUUUCUGUGAUAGCUGCCAUUCUUGUGAUGAUAUUUCGUGAAGUCAUCAGCUAUGGUUUCACUGAAGGUGAAGCCGUUGCUAAAGCAGUCUCAGAGCUUAGCCCCUUUUUAGCUGUUACUCUCAUUCUCAACGGUGUCCAACCCGUUUUGUCUGGAGUGGCUGUUGGAUGUGGAUGGCAAGCAUUUGUAGCAUACGUUAACGUAGGAUGUUAUUACAUUGUUGGUGUUCCAGUGGGGGUGCUUCUUGGCUUUGUGUUUCAACUUGGUGUCAAGGGAAUAUGGUCAGGGAUGAUUGGAGGCACUUUCUUGCAAACUUUAAUUCUGCUAUGGGUCACAUACAGGACAGAUUGGAAUAAAGAGGUGGAGAUCGCCCGCAGCAGGCUCAACAUGUGGGAUGAAAAUGAGCCACUUUUGGAGAAAUAGAGUGGAUUCCGCCAAGCUUAACUCACUGAUUCAGCUGGAAUUUAUGUUAACAUUCAAUUCGUUUUAAAACUUUUAAACUUUUGAAUAAGGGUGGAAAUUGAUUUUGUCUUUUGGCAAAAUAAGAAGAAGAUAAGCAAAUGGGAAGAGGCAUUUUAAGGAAAAAGCAAUUCAAACAAAUUCACGUUGCCAAAAUUGGGAGAUGCAAAUCUUUCAACAGAGGCUGCUCAAAAACAAGAAAAAUCGAUAAUUUUGACUGCAGAAAUGGUUGAUCCAUGAUAGAAGACAUGUACGUCCUUUUCUGUUUCUCUGGUCUUUUGCUUUAGGACCACAUCUGAUUAGUAGUGUCACAAAGACAUUAUGUAUCAGAAUGGUCCCUAACUACAAGGAAAAUUUUAGGAAAUAAAUUCCGUUAUUACAUAUAA